UGGUUGCCUGGGGAGUACAUUUCACUCCCAGUAGCGCGCUCCGAUUUUCUAUGGCAAAUGCCAAUAUAUCUAAGUGUUACAAUUUUAUUAAAGUCUAACAUUCAAAACGUGAUCUGGCCGUAUCGACCUCCUAUUGGUUGUUUGGAGGCGUGAGCCAUAAAUUAAGAAGAAGAAGAAGAAGAAGAAGUCGUCAAUUCAUAUAACAUUAAUUUGCUCGCGUUUGAUUCCAAUAGAUUUCUUUUUUUUAGGCUUCAAAUCGUUCUAAGGGAGUAUUAUUCCAUAUUAUCUGGAUUGUUAUCGGAAUUACUGAUAAUUACUGAGUUAUCAUUUUAUGAUCUAUACUUACCUACUAGGACUACGUAAACAAAAAUGUCUCAUACAAUACUAUUAGUACAACCUGGUGUCAGGCCUGAAACAAGAACAUAUUCUGAUUAUGAAAGCAUUAAUGAAUGUAUGGAAGGAGUUUGUAAAAUUUAUGAAGAACAUCUAAAGAGACGAAAUCCAAACACUCCAACUAUUACUUAUGACAUUAGUCAAUUAUUUGAUUUCGUUGAUCAAUUAACGGAUUUAUCCUGUCUUGUGUAUCAAAAAUCGACAAAUACUUAUGCUCCUUAUAAUAAGGAUUGGAUUAAAGAAAAGAUAUAUGUUUUAUUGCGUAGAGUUGCGGGACAUGGAGAGUGAUCAAUACAUAUAUAUGUGUAUAUAUAUAUAUACGUGUGUUUUCAUAUAUAAGAUAAUU